UGGAUGCUGUCUGCUUGAAAUAUUUCCUGUUACUAAGAAAUUGGUGCAAAUAUGCACAUACAUCUAUUUGCCACUAGCUGUCAAAUGCUUUACAUAUUGUUCCUUAAAACACAGAACACUGCAACAUAUGAUAAACCAAUUGAUUCAUCUAAACACAUUUCUUCUUAUACUUCAUUACAGCAUAUGUUUUUCCCUUUCUGGGGUCCCAUCAAUGUUUAAUGUCAAGGUGUCCCUUUAUACUGUAAUGUGAGAGGAGUGAACAAAACCUUUGAAUUAUACAUUGCCUACCUGACUGGGAGCAGGUUCUUGUCUACGCCCAACACUGUCCUUGCUGAACUAAUUUCUGGGAAGCAGCAUCCAAAACUUGGAUCCAUGGAUGACUUUCAGAAGAAACUGAAUCAGAGGCAUGAUGCAAGAUCUCGAAAAGUCAGAUUCAAAAUCUCCUCGGCAUACAGUGGUCGCGUCUUAAAGCAGGUCUAUGAAGAUGGGCAGGAACUCGAGAUCCCGCAGGUGGAAUAUCCUCAUAGUUUUCGACACUGGAACUUUGAACCGAGAAGCCAUUUCUUUGGGAUUGGUGAAGCUUCAGAAACCAGUUUUUAUCCAUCAACUAAACUGAAUACACAGAGAAUAAGUGUAUUCAGAGAGGGGAAUAAAUACACACUCACAAGUAGCCCUUCCCUCCUGAAUGAUGACCAGCCGGAUGACAGUCAUAUGCCUCCCCCCGUUUUAGAUUUUGGAAAAAUCAUCAUCUACACCAGCAAUCUGAAAAUCAUUCGAACACCAAUGACUAAGAAAGAGUUGGUGAGAAAAAUCAUGCAUGAUGAAGGUAUUGAUGACUACUCUUUCAUGUAUCGUGAAGAAGGAAGAGGAAAUAGUAGCAACCAAACCGAAAGGAAUGUGAAGGACACUGAAAAUGACCUUGACCACAAUCAGCACAAGCAGAUUUGCACCAUCAAAAUCGAAAAAGGCAUAGAUGACAGCUCAGAAUGCAUCAAUGAGGAAGCAGAGGAUGAGAACAGUUGCUCCCAGUGCAAGGGAUCGGGCUCUGCACCCUGCUCUGUGUGCCACGGAAGCAAGUUUUCAAUGUUGGCUAACAGAUUUAAAGAAUCCUACAGAGCUCUGCGAUGUCCCGCUUGCAAUGAAAAUGGCCGGCAACCCUGCCAGACGUGUGCUCACUGAUUUGACUCUUUUGGUUUUGUGUAGGAAAAGCAUUUCCCAGAUCUUGUACAUUUACUAUGAUGCUGUAUAUUAAGACUACAUUUUAACAGAGUUUAUAAAGGUUACAUACAUUUUGGACUAUAGUGGCUGGAGACUAUGUGAGUUGUCCAAAAAAUAACUCUUCUAAGCUCUGAUUCAUAGAUCUGGUGGUGGAUUUUAUUUAAAGUGGUAGCAAAUUUAAAAUUGCAUGAGUCUUUCUUUGCAUGAAUGGUGUAAUUAACAUUUUGACAAAUUUGGGCCAUGAUCCAAGUCUCGCUAAUGGUAGUGGGUACAAUAUUAGCAUCGGUUUCCGGGAGACAUCAAUAAUUUUUUUAAAUUGUGGUUCACUUUGAUUGAAACAUAUUUCUAUUUUUCCCCCAACUCUUCUCCCAGUGCAGAUCCUAAGGUGUCUUACAAGGUUAAAAUAAAAUCCUACUGAAAUACAGGUUAUAAAAUGAAAUAAUAAUUUAAAAUAAAUUAAAUAAGCUGUCAUAUUAUAAUGACAUGUGAUGUUAAAAGAGUUCAAUACCACAAAAAAGUAGGAUAUAGUACUGCUUCUCCUGAAAAGAUCCUUUCACAGAUGCUUCCUGGCUCCAAAUCUGUCUGAAUAAAAAGACUUUUGCCUGACUUAGGUUUUGUUGUCCAGUGUUUCUUCUGUAAAUUAGACUAGUUGAUUUGUGCCAGUGAAGACGCAGUACUGAAUACUUAUUAUGUAUGCUACCAUCAACACUCUGUAAGAAAGCAAAUGAGAAUGAAAAGGUUUUCCUUGUUGCAGAAUUCAGAUGUUUGCUUCCAUGCUGUUUCUCUAGAGAUUAUUAAAACUGUGUACCAGUUGAGCAAAUUUACUCAGACUUUGCACUUGUAUCUCUUGAGAUAUAAGGAUUGGAGGGCAGAAAGUAAUUAUCUCUAACAUACCAAUUCUGACAUUGGUACAAUACCAGAAGAAAGUGUUCCUCAGCCCGUAUGAAAUAAAUGCUAAGAUUCUGCAUGAUUACAAUUUCAGUUGCCUUGCAAAACAUUCUGUUUAUAUGUUAACAUUCACAAGCAUUUUCAAUUUGCAUACCAUU